AUGGUAGUGCCACGUCACCGAAAUAUCCGUCAACCUACUUUUAUCGUUUUUGUUCUGGAGAUUAUCGCAAGAGUAAUUCUACACGAGGAGUCGAAUAAUAAUUUAUCAGAAGAAGAGUAUAUUAAUUGGUUCCUUCAUCGUCUGUUCACUUUCGAAUCAUUCGUCGAAAUCAUUGCAUUCUCGAUUGUUUGCUUCUGGAGUGGUGGAGGUCUUCUCUUCUUUUCUCUCAUUUUCUGCCAUUUCCUUUCCGGACUCAUCAAAUUGCGGUGGUGA